GCGAGCGAGCUCGUGGCCCAUUCGAAAUUUCGGGGCGGCGCUGAUCAGACGCCACGGUUCGAGAGCAGCGUUCUUCGCCCCGGUCCCGCCCUAGGUGUCAGCUCGGCCCGCGUCCGGUGGAGGCUCGCAGGGACACUGCGGCGAAACCAGUGACUACGCCAGCGGGCAUCGCUCGUCGACCGGCCUACGGAGGACCGUCGAGCGAAAGGAAGCGGUGCAGGCCUGCUGGGAGACAGCGGUAACCAAGAGCUGCAGCCAUGAGCAACUCGAGCAUCUGCGUGCACGAGACGCACAUCCGGCCCGUGAUCGGCGUCAUCCAGCAGCAGGGCAAGGACGAAGAGCCGCGCAUAGAAGUGGGCGAGGUGACGCUGGGCACCGACAAUGUGCUGGCCGGUAGCCUGACCGUGUACGGCGGCGGCCAGUACCACGUCAAGACCACCGUCGCGGACGAGGUGGCCAGCUACGAGAUCACCGACGAGAAGGGCCAGACGCGGAACAUCCUCGUCGCCGUGCCCAAGCCCCCGGUCGAGAAGAUCAAGUUUGAGCGCCGCAUCAUCCUCGAGAACGGCGUGGAGACCAUCGAGGAGUACCAGAACAACAAGAUAGUGCGCCGCAUCGUUGACGGCCAGGAAGCUCCGCUCGUUGAAGAGAAGAAGUAGGGUGACGGCGGCGCCCCGAGCCGUUGACGAGAUUCCGGACACUGCAUGCGAGCCAGGUCGGCGGCGGCAGCAGCCCAGCCUUUUUGCUGUCGUCAGUAAACUUGGCCGCAAAAAAU